AUGGAAGCUGGCGCAGUGUCAGCUUUGAUGGGGUCUAUGGACGCUACCAUGCGCCAGCGUUUGGUUGAAAGUGUUCGUUCAAGAGGCAUGAAGGGAUUCUUGACGCAUGAGCUCAUAGCAAAGCACUUAUUCUCCAACACGUUUUCAUCGGGGAGCGGGCCAGCAGAAGCUUGGGCGAUGGAAGCUUCCAAUCGUAACGCUGAGCUGGCACCUCGCUUCUUGCAGCGCUUGGAAUGCCAGUUUGACAACACAAUGGCUUCAUUCAGGAAGGCCCCUACCUUUAAGGAGGCAUGCAAGAUCCAUUUGACGACUGGCUUGUACUUGGCUUUCUUGGACAAGUUCAGCAAGUGGGCACCUCAGAGGCAAUGGACCGAGAUCAAGGUUAAUUUGGACACACAAUUUGACGCGGGCUAUUUGGAUGGAGACUUCGCGCACGUGGCUGAGGAGUGUGUCCCACCCAUUGAUCUUCGUUCAGUGUCAGCUUUCAGGCAACACAUGCUUCGCUUUGAGCAGUCCAUGCGGCAGCAAAAGGAGGAACGGCAACAGGCCUUGGCGAGGGAUGUUGCAAAGGCUAACUUUGCUCAAGUUGAGAAUCAACUCCAAAGUGACAUGACUGCAUUGCGGGCUGCCCUUGGGGACAAUACUACGCAGGCAGCUGAGACAGCGAAAGAUGUCAAAUACAUGAGAGAACGGCAACAGACUGGAAAGGACUAUGUGGACACAUGGAUGCGUGAGCAUUGCAAGAUCAUUGAGGGUGGGUCCGAUGUGAACAAGUCCAUGCAAGAGAUCAUGGCCUUUCUGGAACAGUUCCGCGGAAUCGCUGGGAACGUGUAUUUGAUUUGCGGGCUUGACUUCACGAUCUAUCCAGCGAACUCUGAGCUCGUGCAGUCAUCCUGCAAUGUGCUUGCAACCUUGCUUGCGAUGGGCAGCAACAACAUUGGCCACAUCCAAUGUCCGAUGUUUCAUAAGCAAACAUCAGAAAUGAGCACAGUGAAGCAUACGCGAACUAUGGAGGACGCUUUGUUCAAGAACAAUGUGAACAUUGGCAAGCGGGUGGCGUUGCUCUUUGACAAACCGCCGGACAGCCGUGGAGACCAAAGAGCCAGUCAUCAAGUCUGCAUUGCAGCUUCACACAAGCUUUUUGCAAACACCUCUGCCUUCAACGCAUCCGACAUUGUUGUCAGCGGUCGAGUUGGCCCAGUCCCGCUUAUCCGUGUCAUUGAUUUCAUUGACUAUGAUGAAUCAUGCAAGCCGGGGCCUGCUGACCGAGUGGAACAGACACUUGGUCUAUUUUGA